AUCCGGCAUUGAUCUUCAUCGUUGAUUCUCUGACCAUAUCCGUAUGUGUAAGCGUACAAUAAUGGCAGGCAGAGAGUUUUGGAGUGAUCGAGACGCCAUCAACGGCAAGCGAUUAUUACGAGGAUAAGGUUUUUCUCUCUACUCACCUCCACUCCAUCUUGUCCAAUAACCUUCCAUAAUCACGUGUUUACUCGCCUGGCAUUUGCUUGCGGUUUCAACUAACCCCAUUUUGGUGCUAAUGUCAUUUUCAUAGUGCAACUGCUUGCCAGUUUCCUUCCUUCUCUAUCAAGCGGCGACGACCCUCGCAGUGGCUACUCUGAAGUUUGAUUGUUCGAUUUUGGUUUAGGUGGUGUUUGGUUGUUUGCGAUGUUUGGGGUCUGAUUCGUCGGAGAUUCAAGUAGGUUUUAACUGAUUUUAAGAAGGGUAUGGCGGAAGAAAAGGAGUCGACCUCGGUUCCCCUUAGUCAAGUUGACAAUGGCGGCCAGGAUCCCGAGGAUCCCGUUAAGUCUCCUCCGAGUUCUCCUAAUUCGUCCACUCGUAAGGCUUGCUGUUAUGUUCUCCAAAGUUGGGUGUCAAAGAAGUUUAUGACUGGAUGCGUGGUUCUUUUCCCUGUUGCCGUUACCUUUUUUGUUACUUGGUGGUUCAUUCAGUUUGUUGAUGGUUUCUUCAGUCCACUAUAUGAGAGGCUUGGAGUUGACAUAUUUGGACUUGGGUUCAUAACAUCUUUACUCUUUGUAUUUUUCGUUGGUAUAUUUGUCUCAUCAUGGUUGGGUUCUACACUCUUCUGGCUCGGAGAAUGGUUCAUCCAGCGAAUGCCCUUUGUCAGGCAUCUAUAUUCUGCCUCCAAACAAAUUAGUGCUGCAAUUUCUCCUGAUCAAAAUACUACAGCUUUCAAAGAAGUUGCAAUUAUCCGCCAUCCGCGUGUUGGUGAAUAUGCAUUUGGCUUUAUUACAUCAACUGUUACCCUCCAGAGAGAGAGCGAAGAUGAAGAGCUAUGCAGCGUUUUCGUGCCAACGAAUCACCUAUAUAUUGGGGAUAUAUUUCUUGUUAAUUCUAAGGACAUCAUAAGACCAAACCUAUCUAUUCGGGAAGGAAUAGAGAUAAUUGUUUCUGGCGGUAUGACAAUGCCACAAAUCAUUACUCCUUUGGAGAGAGUUGAUAGACAGGGUGAUAGAAUAACUUUGAACAGAAUAAAGUAGUGUGACAAGCAGCAGAUGAGAACAUAUCCCUGGUUUGUUUUAGGAGUUUGUUGUCCUAUAAAUAGUGUGGAAGUUGUAGACUAGUAACCUAAUAUUACAGGGCUAUUUGGCUUUGCGAUGUGAACCAUUUUAUUACCAGCUUGAGUUAUUGUAUUCAAGUGCGAGUUAAAAUGGUGGUUCGUUGUUGUCAGUUAUUUUCUAGCCUUUAUUUGAUGUGUUUGCAGUGUUAUCACAGCAAUGAUAGAAAUCUAUUGAUAGUGUUACACCAAUAUAUCUGCUUAUGGUGUCUUAAACUUAAAUAGGUUGAAUGGAAUUUAAUUGCCCGUGAAAAAAAAAAAAUACUGAACAGCA